UCUUUUAAGCGACUAUGACAGCUAGAAAUCCAUUGUCAAUACAUGUUAAAUAUUCUUUUUCUUUUCUUCGUAAUUAAAGGAAUUUUUCACAUUGAUAUUUGUAUCUGUAUAUCCGAUAUAGUAAUUUUUCUAUUAAAUCAAGAAUGGACCAAAAUAUUAAUGAAAUAUUAAAAACUAUUGACUUCUACUAUGAAAUAUUAGAAAAUCCUGAAGUUUGUACAAACAUAAGCAGCGAAUACAUGAAAAAAAUCUUUCAAGCCUGUAUAUACAUUGAAAAUACAAUUAGAAAGAUUGAAGAAGAGGAAAAAGAAGCUUGUUUUGAAAGUCAUUUAAGCGCAUGGAUGUUAAAAAAGAAUAAAAAUAUUAAUUAUAGAUGUUCUGAUCUAAAAAAUGCGUGCGAUAAAAUGUUAGAGUUUUGCUUAAAAGAAAAGAAAAUUUCCACUAUAAUCAUUGAUGAACUUUUACAAAUGUAUAUUCAGCAGUGUGGAAGUGUUAGGCUAGAAUCAAGCAUCAAUUAUACAUUAACUAAAUCAAUGCAAGCAAAUGCUAUAUUACAAGCCCUUAAGAAUUUAGAAUUUUCCAAAACUGAUAUCGAGGAUGAAAUACUUAUAGCUUCAUGGGAUUUUGAAAUUAAACUUGGUAAUAAAAUUAAAGUAAUAGAAUAUAUAGCGGACAUGUUUAACAAAGAAUGUUUUUCAAAACUCAUUGAAUUAGCUUAUAAAUCUGAAACAGGAAGUUCAAUAAAUAUUUUAAUUUUAAAUUUAUUCUCAAAAAAGCUAUUAAAGAAUCAUCUUCGAUUAUACUUGGAGUUGAAAAAUACCAAAAGAAAAGUUCUGUUAAAAUUAUUAGCAGAUAAUUCUCAAUUUCAAGUUACUUUUGUAGACUCGACUUUCUAUUUUGGACGAAGUAUGGAAUAUGAUCACGAGUGUGGAUGGAUUACAAAUACAGGAUUUUCUUAUAGUGACUUAGAAAAUAUGAUAAAAGUUUUUUUAGAUGGUCCCAGUGAAUUGCAUAUAUUAAUAAUUAAUAGAAUUAAAAUAGCAAAAGAAUUGGAUGAAAUUUGGAAAGAUAUAGAAAGAGAUUGUGUUUUAUAAGAUCAGAAUUAAUUAAAAACAAUAUU